AUGAGACGAUCGAGCCGCAUACUGCUAGCUUCGCUGGCUGUUUCCACCCUCCACCCCACAGCUGCCCUCGCACAGUCCGAUCUGCCAUCAAAACGCGGGCUGGCGUACCAAGGCGACGACCACGAAGCCGACGCCCAGCUGCUCACUUCCGAAAAGUCCCUCAUCAGCUGGUACUACACCUGGUCGACAUGGCCGGCUCAGGGCCUCAACAGCUCCAUUCCCUUCGUUCCCCUUGUACACGGCGUGGAUGAUGCCUCGGACUCAAGCGUGACAACCCGCCUCAACCAACUCCCGCAAUCAUCAACGCACCUCUUGACCUUUAACGAACCUGAUGGCACUACUUCAUCAGGCGGAAGCAGUAUCGAUCCAGAAGAUGCCGCAAAAGCCUACUUGGAACACCUCGUUCCGCUCCGCAACGCAGACUCGCGGAGCUGGAACAUCAGCCACCCCGUCGUCACCGGCUCCACGCAGGGCAUCGAAUGGCUCCAAAAGUUCAACGAGUCAUGUUACGAUAUCGACGACGGUGGUUGCCCGACCGACUUCGUCGCCGUGCAUUGGUACGGCGACGCCACGGGGCUCAAGAACCAUCUCGACGCGCUGCGGGAGUUCUACAACUCGACUUCGCCAGAUCUCAAAUACUGGGUCACGGAGAUGGCGCUGCCGAAGCAGGACGCCGAUGCGACGCUCGCAAUGAUGAACGAGAGCCUGACGUACCUGGACGGUCUUGAUUACGUCGAGGGGUACGCAUGGUUCGGUGCCUUCCGCAAGGAUGAGGCAAAUGCAUGGACUGGGAAGUCUGUGUCCCUCUUUGAUGACGAUGGCGGUUUGACUGAUCUUGGGGCUUUGUACCUCGGCGGCGAGGAGCAGGGCUUCAAGACUGGUGAGAAAGGCGAAGGCAACUUUGCCAGCUCGCUGUCGCCGGCUAGACUACUUCUGUGGGGAACCAUUCUUGCUGCUGUCGCGGCUUUGUGGUAA